AUUCAUUCAUCAACGCCUCUGCUCAGAGUUACGGGCAAGCUUCUCGGACAUUGAUUUUCACAGUCCUCUCCUGAGUUUCGCUGUUUCAUAAUGGGCAUUGAGAACCAUAACGGUGCUCACAGAGCGUGGAAGAUAUUGCGGCUGGCUCUUCUCUGGGCUCGCAAAGGUGGGGUCUUCAAGCGCAGGCUCAUGACCGAGAUGCGUCUUCUUCCCAAGUACUUGAGACGUCUCACCCAUACCACACCGCCCAGCCACAUUUAUUACUGCGAACGCGAGCUCUCCUUCGAUAAGACCCCUAUGUUCAAUCGUCCCUCCUCCUUGCGCUUCCAUUUGCCUCACAUCCCUUGCAUCAAUCCACAUGUUGAUUUUGAAUAUGACGGAGACGAUGAUCUCCGCUAUGAUAAUGGUGAAGACAGCGAUGAACAAUACCGUUACCGAGAAUGUGAAGACGACGACGACCAAGGGGUUGAUGUGCGAGCUGAGGAGUUCAUUGCCAAAUUCUACCAGCAGAUGAAGCUCCAGAGACAGAUUUCUUACCUACAGUACAAUGAAACGCCCACCAGACUCGGUUGUUGACGUUGAUUCUUUUGCAUUGCGCGGCAUUCAUUUGUUCCUCCGAAAUUGAAGUCCGCACAUUUUGCGGUGAGUUUUGUAGAUGCCAUGAGCUACGGCGGAGUUCCAGUAUUUACAUUUCAUUUUUUUGGCAAUGUUUAUAUUUCAUGUCACAGUCAAAUAAAUAUCAACCUUCCAAUUUUGAAUUCUUUUCAAAAAGAAUGUGCCGUUCGCGUUGUUAUGAUCGUAUUACUGCAUUUUCUUU